CAGAGCCCUUAAAUUUACAAAAUAGUAUUCAAGUUGUAAUCGCAAAAAGAGAAGAAGCAAUAAUGCAAAGAUUAAUUAGAGAAAAAAACAUACGAGAAGAGCUUAUUUCAAUUUUAAAAAAGUUAAAAGGCAAAAAAGA